GGUCGCCAUCUUGUGCCUAGUUGGCGUAAUAAUUUACUGUAUUUAUUAGGGUCAUUGAAAACAAACUGGAGUUUCAGAUGUCUGCUGUGCAGGAUGGUAUAUUCUGUGGUGAAGUGGUCUACUGCAACACAGGGAGGUAUCAUUCCUAUGAAUGUUGAUUACAGAAGGAGGGGAGGAACAUGAGCAGUCAGGAGGAGCUCUGUCAUGACUGGAUGGACAGCCACGAUGGAUCCUCUCUGACUAGAAAAGCCAGAACCAAUUUGGGACGAUUUAAUGGUCAACUCUCUCUGGGAAAUGCCAGCCUCACAUCAAACUCCUCCAUUCUGGACACCUCACAGAUCUUCCCACUUAUGGAGACCAAGUUGUACAAGCGCCGUUGGGUCAUGCUCUUCCUCUUUUGCAUCUACUCAACGAGCAACGCCAUGAUGUGGCUGCAGUACAGCAUCAUCGGAAACAUUUUUAAGCACUUUUAUGAUAUCGACAGCUUGUCCCUGGACUGGCUCUCCAUGAUUUAUUUCUUCACCUACAUCCCUCUCAUCGUGCCUGUCACGUGGAUGCUGGAGAACCGAGGCCUCAGGGAAGUCAUCAUGGUGGGCUCUGCCUUUAAUUGCAUCGGUGCUUGGAUCAAAACCAGCACGGCUCACCCAGAUGCAUUCGCUAUCACCUUCUUCGGACAGUUUGUGUGUUCAGUGGGUACUGUUUACAUCCUUGGAAUUCCAUCCAGACUUGCCUCUCUGUGGUUUGGGCAGCAGGAGGUUUCCACUGCUUGUUCCAUUGGUGUUUUGGGAAACCAGAUGGGCAUUGCCAUCGGGUUUCUGAUCCCGCCCAUCCUUGUGCCUAAUGUAGACGAUAUGGAUGAGCUGGCACGCCACAUUAAAGUCAUGUUCUACAUCAGCGCUGGAGUGGCCACUGUUAUCUUCAUCCUUGUGGUCAUUGUGUUUCAGGAGAAACCAGAGGUCCCUCCCACGCAGGCUCAAGCUCAGGCGAGGUGCAUCACUCCAGAGCAGUAUUCCUACAUGGGUUCCAUUUGGAGGUUACUGCGCAACAAACCCUUCAUGCUGCUGGUUCUCAGCUAUGGACUCAAUGUUGGCUGCUUUUAUGCUGUCUCUACACUUCUGAACCGAAUGAUCAUUGAACACUAUCCAGGAGAAGAGGUAAAUGCAGGCAGGAUUGGUCUGACCAUUGUCAUUGCUGGCAUGGUGGGGUCACUCAUAUGUGGUAUUUGGUUGGACAAGACAAAAACCUACAAGCAGACUACGCUGGCCGUGUAUGUCCUCUCCCUCAUUGGGAUGCUGGUGUACGCCUUCACCCUCAACCUGGGUUACAUGUGGGUGGUGUUUGUUACAGCUGGAGUUUUAGGCUUCUUCAUGACAGGUUACCUUCCGCUGGGCUUUGAGUUUGCAGUAGAACUUACUUAUCCAGAAUCAGAGGGAACCUCAUCAGGACUGCUCAACUGUUCAGCUCAGAUAUUUGGAAUCAUCUUCACCAUUUCCCAGGGAAAGAUAAUAGACAGAUGGGGUACUUUGGCGGGAAACAUCUUCCUGUGCAUCUUUCUGCUGAUAGGGACUGUGAUGACUGGCUUUAUCAAGUCUGACCUCCGGAGGCAGAAGGCCAACCUUCAGGCGGAUGGACAAAUCAGUCCUGCAGGCUCAGAGACGUCAGUGCAAGAGUUUGAGGGCACAUCUUGCAGCAGCCCCUGGCAGAGGCAGUCUUGACAUAAACCUAACAAAACACACCAAACAAGAAAAUGGCUGCCGUUCUAGAUGAAAGCAUCGCUCCCCCUGUAGUCUUGAAAGAAGAAAAGUUUUAAAUGGGAAUACAAGAAGUAGUCGCCAUGUCUUGUCAAGGCUGAUUGGUCGCUGUACCAACAGACGAACGUGUUGGAUAUUUGUUGCACUGUGCAACACCAUGUGCCAUGAGGACAUGAACAUAACACUCUUUCAUACACUUAUCCUAAAACAUGUAAAAUGCACUUCAACCUCAAAUAUCUUCACAUUCCUUUGUAUGUAUAUUCCAUUUCAAGGUGUGUUUUGUUUGUUUUAAACCUUUUGAAUUAGUGUCAAUGUUGUGUUAUGUCACUACUAAUGAGCAAUGUUGUAAAGUUCCCCCCAAUAGGCAAACUCAUUUGCUGCAUGUUGCACUAGCGGCGAGCAUUUCGGCCACACUGUCAGGACAUUGAGGGGGAUCAAAUCUCCGAUGGGGCAUCUUUGUGUGGAGUUUGCAGGUUCAAUGGAAUUUUCCCUCCUACUGUACAUCCCAUGUGAGAUUAAGUCUCUAAAUUGUCCAUAGGUGUCUAUACGUUUUCUGUGAUUGACGGGGAACCAGUUCAGGUUGUAGCCAGCCUCUCACCCAAUUUCAGCUGGGAUAGGCUCCAGCGCACUCGUGACCCUAAUGAGGACAAGCAGUGUAGAAAAUUGACAAUGAAAAUUGCUUGUUCAUGAGCACCAAAUGUGUUUGUUCAACUUUUGACAAAAGAGUCUUUCAAACGCUCACUUUUCAUGACAUCAUUUAGGAAAAACCUUCCUGAUUGACAUGACCCGCACCAAACGUGAUGAGCUGGUCCCAUUUAUACAGCCAUCACUUUUAAGAGGACAGCGUUGUCAGAAAAACAAAGUAGGCCUCACUUCACAGCUUAAAAUAAAACCUGGAGCUCUGCCAUCAAACUCUCAAUCAGCUACAGAGUUAGGGGUUGUACAUUUAUUUUGUUUUUAUUUAACAAACAGGCCAAUUUAGUUUGAUGUUGCUGGUAAAGUGAGUGUAAUGUUAGUAAUAUAGCUGACAUAGCUAUGCUAGUUUUAACAUUUUUUUCCUCCUGUCCAACUCCUUAAUGUUUGAUAUCGUAUUUGAUUUUUGGCCUUUUUUACGGCCGAUAAGUGCAGGGUUACAGUGUCUAUGUAAAAAGUAGAUAACGUGCACACUUGCUCUUCAUGAGGCAGACACUGUGAUCAUCAUGCUACUGUAUAUAACAGGAAGGCUAAAAAAAAUCGAUUUACAUCCAAAUUGCGAUUUUUGUUCAUUUUGACUCUGAAUUGAUUCAUAAUUUUUUAAAGAAUCAAUGAAAACCUUUUUUUGUACUUUUAUUUUUUUUUUGCACAUUUCUCUUUAAGAAUCCAUUUUUGGAUUAAAAACAUUAAACAACUAUUGAUAUUAUUAAUAUUAAUUGGUUUACUUUUUUAGUGUUAAGUAAUACUGGGAUUGGGUUGGAGUUGGCUGAUCUAUUUUGUUUUAUUAGAUUAACGUUCUGUGAUAUUUGUAAAUAAAAUGUUAAAAAUACAUUUUUAAAAACACAUUUUAAGGCCAAAACUAAAUUGUACGCAAGCAGCCAAAAGGAGCUUUUGUAACCUGUUUUGAAAAGUUUUUGUUAUGAUUUAUUGAUUUAUACACCAAAUAAUAUAUUACAAAAAUCGUGUUGAAUUGAUACGGAAUAGAAUCGUCAUCCCAAGAAUCAGAAUUAAAUUGAAUUGUUGAGUGGCCAAAUAUUCUCCCACUUGCACUGGACAAACACAGCACAUUAUAAUUAAAGCUACUUUUCAAAUACAGUGAGACCUUAAUUUAUGAGAUUAAUUGGUUCUAUGAUGAGCUCCUGACACACUAGUGUCUCAAAUUGUCUUCUAUAUAUUAAAAUCAAUAUAAUUGAUGCUUGCAAAAACAGCAGAAUUUUAACAUCUAAAAUGUCCUUUAAAAUACAAACUAUCUUUAACAUAAAAAUAUUCAAUGAAAAACAAACUACAGUAGUUGUAGCAAGUAAUGGAAUAAUACAGUAUUUAUCUUGGAGAGUGGACUUCUACAGUAUCUCAUUUUGAGCUGCUUCUCAUCAAACACCGUCAGCAGCUUUUCUAUAUUUUUUAUGGAUACAUUUCUGCCGUUCAUAUAUUAUUUUAACAAUCUUGGGUUGCUUUGUUAACUCAUUCUGCUUUACUAUGGUGCACACUAGUAGUUAUCUGCUGAAAUUUAAUUCAAUGAACCUCAACUUCUUUCGGUUUUAGCACUGUCCUUCACAUUCAUUCUUCAUUCCCAUGGUUAGAAAACAGUUAUGUCAAUAUCUUGCUGUAAGCUAAUGCUAGCGAAAAAAGGCCGGAUGUUGUGGUCUUAAAAGGUUGACUGUAACAUUUGCAGAGAGCAGGCAGGCUUUUAACAUUUUUUUCCCCUGCAACUUUAGGUAUAAAAAUUAGCUGAAAGACAGGUCUUAUCUCAAAACACCCUUAAGUUAGGGCACUCUUAAUUAGGUACCACUGUACACCUUCUUAGGGUAAUUUAGAAAUGUUAGAAAAACAUAGAAUAUGGACCUUUUAAUUUGGUUCUAGCUUUUCUUUCUUGAAGCUUUUUUUUCAAGUACUGUUUUUAGAACAUUUAACAAGGACAACUGUGUUUUACUGUCAUGCAACUGGACACUUUCUGCCUGCCAUAGUGGAUCACGCGGACGUAUUACCUUUAAAUUCUACCAAUUGCAAUAUCUGAUGCUGUGCAUCUUGUGUACACUUAGUAGUAGUUCUGUCCUUGCUUUACUACAAGUGACCUCUUCAGGACCUUGAAGACAGAAGAAGAAACUUGAUAGAUUUCUGCUUCACUAUGCAAGACGAAGAGGCACAUUGGUCAUUUUGCACAAGAAUAUCAAUAUAUUUUAUUUAGUAAAUUGUGCUUUACUAUUACAAUUACUCUGAACAAUUUCCCUUGUGGAUCAUUAAAGUUUGUCUAAGUCUAAGUCUAUUACACCCGUUACUCAAGUAAAUUACUUGUGUGCAUAGUUUGUUUUAAACUCGUUUUAUUUAAUAUGUUGUGGCUUGUUGUCUUGUGAUUUAUUUUCCCCCCAAAGAUUAUGUAAUUGUUAAUGGUGCUAAUUUAUCAUAUUGUGGAAUUUAAGGACAAAGCUGUAGAGUAGCUUUGACAGAGUUUGUCAUUCAAACACAUUCAAUAAAGUAUUCGUCUAGUAAUUAUCUGA